GGUUAACCCAACUCCUCGAGCUGUUGCAUUCCCUCACAGCUCUCUAACCGCAAACAUCACUAAGAAAUGGCCCAUCGCGGCUUGUAAAUUGCCACAAUACGAGGAACGUCAAGUGCCGUUUCUUAAAUGAUGAGAUGAGAAAAAUCCCUGGGCAACUUACGGGACAAGUUGUCCAGGGAGACCAAACCCAUGACAUGUGUCAUCAAAUCCGCAAAGACAUGCCAAACGAUGGUCGAGCCCCCUGAAAAGCUGAACCAAGCCAUCAUGGUCUCUCCGCUUGUCGCGAGUGCCCCGUCGUCCCCCAAGCAUGGGAUGGCACCAGAGACCAGUUCCGAAGGGAUGAAAAGGUCAAACAGUUGUAUUGAAAAUAAGUACAAGUGCACCAUCACUUCGGAACGGUUGAGUCGGCUAAGGAAAAUUGUUGAAACCGCCGUUAAAGAACAUAAAGUCUUCACUAUAAAAGGCGGCUGGCCUGUGAUUCGACGUGAACUGAUCAAACGCAACUGGGUUGAAAAAUACGAACCAUCAGUCACCAAAGCCAAAUCUUCAACUGCCCCCAACUCCGACGACCUCGUCAGCAACCUCCCCGUCAAACACGACUGGGAAUCCCCGUCCGCCUACAUCGAAAAAUGCGAGAAAACAAUCAUGUCUCGUAUGCUCCAAAAUUUCGACGUGGACUUUUACUGGAGCAUGCGGAAAGACCAAGCCGACCUUCUCCACCGCUCCAACAGCUACAAACUCAUGAACCGUUUCAGCAAAUCGCUUUUCGCCUCCAAAGAAGGUUUAGCCCUCUUGCUGCAACAGCAUUACUGGCACAGCGAGCCGGGAGUAUCCUCGGUGAACUUUCCUCGCUGCUACGUUUUAGGUUUUCCUGACCACUUUAAUAAUUUCGUCGAUGACUUCCGGACGACUGCAUGUAUGGGACUUUUGAAAUGGUUGGUUCAGAAAUACGACACUGAAAACAAGUUUGGAAUUCAAUCGCCGGAAGGGCAAGUCCCGUUGAAUACCUUGCAGUUUGCGAUCGAUCGUUGUAAUCAGUUUAUCGAAUGUCAGAAACAUCUAGAUAUUGAUAAAGAAUAUCCGCGGAUUUGGGAUCACGAAUGGGAACAAUUUUUGACUAAUUAUUACUCGGUUAUGCACAAAAAUGCGCUGUUUGACACUUCAGAUGUUCAUCCCUUGACAAUGUAUUACAUCAAAGCGAAAAAUAUUCUAAACGAGUUGGAGAAAUUUUGGCCCGAGUUUGGCAUGGAUGGUAUGAAGAAUAUAUGGAUUUUGAAACCGGGGAAUAAGUGUAGAGGAAGAGGAAUACAAUUGGUUAAGACCAUAGCAGACGUGGAAAAAAUGAUGAAUUUGAAGCUGAAAUACGUGGUUCAAAAAUAUGUAGAAAGACCUCUUCUUAUUCACAAAACAAAAUUCGACAUCCGCCAAUGGUUCAUAGUCUCGAACGUUCAACCCUUGACAAUCUGGAUGUACCGCGAGAGUUAUCUUCGCUUCAGUAGCCAAAUUUUCACUCUAGACAACUUCCACGAAUCCCUCCAUCUCACCAACCAUGCUGUUCAGUGCAAAUACACCAACGUCGAACAGCGAGACAAAGCUUUACCUGAUGACAACAUGUGGGACUGCCACACUUUCCAAACUUACUUAAAACAAAUCGGUGCUAAAGAAAAAUGGAACGAAGUUAUUUUACCCGGAAUGCGAGAAGGGAUAGUUUGCGCCAUGUUGGCUAGUCAGGAUGUGAUGGACCGCAGACAGAACACUUUCGAGAUAUAUGGAGCUGAUUUUAUGAUUUCGGAGGAUUACAAACCUUGGCUGAUUGAAAUUAAUUGUAGUCCGGAUUUGUCGCCUUCAACUAGCGUGACCAGUAGGAUGUGUCCACAGUGUAUGGAAGAUAUCAUCAAAGUUGUGGUUGACAAGAAAAGAGACCCAACAGCAGACACCGGCCUUUUUGAUUUAAUUUAUCGGCAAACAUUGCCCCGAGUUCCCCCCUAUUUGGGGAUGAAUUUGUCCGUUCGGGGUCGCAGGAUUUUCAAAAUUAAAAACAGACACAAAACGCCACAGAAGGAACGAAGCAAGGAAUUUGAUAGUAGUGCUCAAAUGUGGCUCAACAGGAAACACGAGUUUGUCAAAACCGAGUUGAAGCGAAGUUUGACGGCUCCAGCACCCACCAAUUUGCCAAAAUUGCCGAGUCCAGGUCUGUAUAAAGGUCCAGUGAUCGAGGAUCUGAUCGAUGAUUUGAGCAAGUCGAUCAAAAGUCCGAAAAUCGUGAACGUGGACGUGAUUAAAGUACCGAAAUCGGAACCGGUGAAGAAAAAAUGUGAACAGAAGAAUAAGCGGGAAAGGAAAGCAAAACGUAAAAGAAAACAUUAAGUUUGAAGAAAAUACAGAUAGAACUAGUAGUUAUUUGGGACUUUUCAACGAAUGGGCAUCGAGAAAUAAAUCUUCGGAGAGAGAAAAUUGCAUUUGGGAACGUGAAACUGCUAGUAUUUUAAAGGGGAAAAAUAUUUU